GAGUCGCCAUUACUGAGGCUGAGGGGAGGGGACCAGGGACCGAGGACCAGGGAAGGGCCCGGGUUCAGCUUCCAGCGCAUUCCUCUGAAACGGCACCGAAGCCCCGGAGAAGCAGCGCGGCGGCCCGGACACCUCCUCCUCCACCUCCUUCCGGACCGGACCUGGGCCCAGUGUGAGGGCCGCGGAGGCCGCGGACCGAGACCGGAGAGGCGGACUUUGAAGCUGUUCUUCCCCGCUCCGUGGUACGUGGAUCUGGGAGCGACCAUGUUAUUAGGAGGUUGCAGCUGAUGAGAGGAGAAUCCGGCUGCUCUGUCCCAGCUUGAAGAGGAUAGAGAGUGAGAAUGAAAGUGCCUCUGCGCCACUGACGCUCACAGUUGGAAUGAUAUUGUGACCUUUUUUUUUCCUGAAAGUGACCGAGCUACUAGCGAUGAGCAGCGGAGGGAUAUAAUGGCCAAGAACAAGGAUGCGCGACCGCCGACGUUCGCUGUCAGUGUGGUCGGCCUCUCCGGGACGGAGAAGGAGAAGGGAAACUGUGGCGUGGGCAAGUCCUGCCUCUGCAACCGCUACAUCCGACCCGAUGCAGACAACUACUACACGGAGCACACCUCAGUGCUCAGCACAAUAGACUUCGGAGGACGCGUGGUUAACAAUGACCACUUCUUGUACUGGGGGGAGGUGUCCCAUCGAGGGGAUGAGGGGCUGGACUGUAAAAUCCAAGUCAUCGAACAAACCGAGUUCAUUGACGACCAGACCUUCCUCCCUCAUCGGAGCACCAACCUGCAGCCGUACACCAAGCGAGCGGCGGCCGUCAAGCUCCAGUCGGCGGAGAAGCUGAUGUACAUCUGCACGGACCAGCUGGGCCUGGAGCAGGACUUUGACCAGAAGCAGAUGCCGGACGGGAAGCUGAACAUCGACGGCUUCGUGCUCUGCAUCGACGUCAGCAAGGGCUGCAACAGGAAGUUUGACGACCAGAUAAAGUUCGUCAACAGCCUCUAUUCUCAGAUCGUCAAGUCCAAGAAGCCGAUCGUUGUCGCCGCCACGAAAUGUGACGAGUGCGUGGACCAGCACCUGAGGGACCUGCAGGCGUUCGUCGCCAGCAAGAAGAACCUGAUGCUCAUCGAGACGUCAGCGCGCUCCAACGUCAACAUAGAGCUCUGCUUCAAUGCUCUGAUCCAGCAGCUGGACAAAACCAGGGGGAAGCCAAAAACUGUGCCAUACCUGGAGGCCUACAAGGUCCAGCGGCAGCUUGUUGCCUCUGUGACCGAUAGAUUUGAGAAACUGAUGGUACACACGGUGCGGGAUUAUCACAUCACAUGGAAAGCCGUAAUGAAUAACCUGAGGGGUCAGUCUGAUUACGACGAGUUCAUCACCCUGGAGGGCUCCAGGAAAGCACGCAACAUGUUCACCAAGCACAUUGCACAACUGAAGCAAGAGCACAUCAGGAGGCGGCGGGAGGAGUACCUGACCACGCUCCCAAAAACCCUCAACAACCUCCUCAACAACCUGGAGGAGGUGGAGCAGCUGUCGUGGCCCGAGGCGCAGAGCGUCAUUAGGAACCGGCACGAUUUCCAGUACUGGUUUGUGGUGCUGGAGCAGACGCCGUGGGACGAGACGGACCACAUUGACAACAGCGACCGCCGGAUACCCUUCGACCUCCUGGACACGCCCGACGGCGAGAGGAUCUAUCACAACCACGUCCAGCACCUGCUGUCGGAGAAGAGGAGGGUGGAGAUGAAGGAGAGGUUCAAGAAGACACUGGACAGGGUUCAUUUCAUCAGUCCUGGGCAGCCCUGGGAGGAAGUCAUGUGCUUCGUCAUGGAGGACGAGGCUUACAAGUACAUCACCGAAUCAGAUAGGAGGGAUGUUUACUGUAGACACCAGCAGGAAAUAGUUGAAAGGGCCAAAGAGGAUUUUCAGGAAAUGCUUUUUGAACACGCUGAGCUUUUCUACGAUUUGGACCUCAAUGCAACACCCAGCUGCGACAAGAUGAGCGAGAUUCACAGCGUGUUGAAUGAGGAGCCGAGGUACAGAGCUCUGCAGAAACUUGCCCCCGAUAGAGAGUCGCUCCUCCUCAAACACAUCGGGUUUGUUUACCAUCCCACAAAGGAGACAUGCCUGAGCGGGCACAACUGUGUGGAUCUGAAAGUGGAACAGAUUUUAGCAAACAGGCUGGUGCAGCUCGACCAUGGACGCUCCAACCUUUACUAUAACAGCGCCAACAUUGAUAAAAUCAACCUCUGCCUCCUGGGGAAAGAGGGCCUGUCCCAGGAACUGGCCAAUGAGAUCCGAGCUCAGUCCACAGAUGACGAAUACACCCUGGAUGGAAAGAUUUACGAGCUGGAGCUUCUCCCUGUGGACGUCAACUCCACGCUGCUCUUCAGCCACACGUGGGUUUCAACCUUCAAACCUCACGGCUGCUUCUGCGUCUUCAACUCCAUCGAGUCGCUCAACUGCAUCGGCGACUGCAUCGGCAGGAUCAGAGCAGAGAUUUCACAGAGCCGACGGGAUAGGUUCGCUCAGCCAUUGCCUUUUAUUCUCAUCCUGGCGAACCAGAGAGACAAUGUUUGUAAGAACAUACCGAUCCUGAGGCACCAGGGCCAACAGCUGGCUAACAAGCUGCAGUGCACCUUUGUUGACAUCCCAGCCGGUGCCUUCCCACGCAAAUUCACGGAGUUCCAGAUCAAGCAGGGGCUCCGAGCAGUGCUGGAGGGGCUGAAGCACAACUUUGACGUGUUGGCGCCGCUGCCUUGCAUCAAAGACAUGUCGGAGACGGACCUGAGGAUAGUCAUGUGUGCCAUGUGCUGGGACCCGUUCAGCGUGGACCUCAUCCUCUCGCCUUUCCUGGACUCACACUGCUGCAGCGCCGGGCAGCCAGGCCAGAGCAACACUUUGAUUCUGGACAAGAUCAUCGGAGACAGCCGGCGGAGGAUCCAGGUCACCAUCCUCUCCUACCACUCUGCCAUUGGCGUCCGCAAAGACGAGCUGGUGCACGGCUACAUCCUGGUUUACUCUGCCAAACGCAAGGCCUCGAUGGCAACACUGCGGGCCUUCCUGGCUGAGGUUCAGGACGUGAUCCCUGUCCAGAUGGUGGCGAUCACGGACAGCCAGGCCGACUUCUUUGAGAACGACGCCAUCAAGGAGCUGAUGACGGAGGGCGAGCACAUCGCCACGGAGAUCGCUGCCAAGUUCACGGCGCUCUACUCGCUUUCCCAGUACCAUCGGCAGACGGAGGUUUUCACGCCGUUCUUCAACGAAGUUCUGGAGAAGAAGCCAAGCAUCGAGAGUUCCUUCUUGUUUGACAGCUCGUCCCGUGAAUGCACCACUGGAGCCAGCGAGGACGUCUUCCCCACAUCGCCCCACAGCCACUCACCGGCCUACAACACCUACUACCCAGAGUCUGACGAUGACAACGAGGCCCCCCCUCCCUACAGUCCGAUAGGUGACGACGUUCAACUCCUCCCUACACCCAGCGAGCGAGCCAAGUACCGGAUUGACCUGGAGGGAAACGAGUACCCGGUCCACAGCACGCCUGUCGGAGACCAUGAACGCAACCACAAAGUGCCUCCACCUGUCCGACCCAAGCCGGUGCUCCCCAAGCCCAACGUCAAAAAGCUGGACCCCAACCUGCUGAAGACCAUUGAGGCCGGCAUGAGGAGCAACCGGAGAAUGCAUCGCAGCCCAGGGCAGCACACUGAAGAUGUGGAGGCAUCGGACAACUAUGCAGACCCCGUGGACACCCUGAGGUCCAGGGGGUUCCACAACGACGACAUAUACGCCGUUCCUGACGACGGCCACAGUCGCCUGGUCAAAAUCAGAAAUUCCUUCGGCGUGAUGCACGGCCUCCAAGCUGGAGGGGAGGAGGAGAACGGGUACGGCGGGAAAUCUCAGGCGGGACGGCGGCCGUCCAAGUACAAGCACCGCUCCAAGAUCCUCUUCAGCAAGACCAAGGCCUACCAACGUCGGUUCCAUUCCGACAGCGACGGCGAGGAGUCCGGUCCCGCUACGCAGAAAAAGAAGAAGGGACGAGCCCAUCGGGGCAGCGAGGAGGACCCACUGCUGUCCCCCGCUGACCCCUGGAAGGGCGGCAUCGACAACCCAGCCAUCACCUCCGACCCCGAGCAGGAUGACAAGAAAGUCAAGAAGAAGAAGACGCCCAAGACGCCAAAGGAACCCAAGAAGGCCAAAUCCUCCAAACCCCCCAAGCCUCUGUACCCCCCGACCCGGAGGACGUGGGAGAGCAACUACUUCGGCGUCCCCCUGCAGAGCCUGGUGGCGUCCGACCGGCCCAUCCCACUCUUCAUCGAGAAGUGUGUCGACUACAUCGAGCGGACGGGUUUAACCACCGAGGGUCUGUAUCGGGUCAGUGGGAACAAGACGGAUCAGGACAACAUCCAGAAACAGUUUGAUCAAGAUCACAGCAUUGACUUCGUGGUGAUGGACGUGGCGGUGAACGCUGCUGCUGGAGCUCUGAAGGCGUUCUUCGCCGACCUGCCCGACCCCCUGAUCCCCUACAGCCUGCACCCGGAGCUGGUGGAGGCAGCAAAAAUUGUGGACUACAUGGAGCGUCUGCAGGUUUUACGGGAGAUUGUGAAGAAGUUUCCUCCAGUUAACUACCAGGUCUUCAAAUACAUCAUCACACACCUGAACAGGGUCAGCCAGCACAGUAAAACCACCCUGAUGACGGCCGAUAACCUGUCCAUCUGCUUCUGGCCCACCCUGAUGCGUCCCGACUUCGAGAACAAGGACACGCUGUCCACCACCAAGCUGAACCAGGCCGUCAUCGAGUCCUUCAUCGUCCAGAGCGAUUACUUCUUCCACGGCGGCGAGGUGGCCGAGAGCUCGGGCAGCGAGGGCACGCCGCCGCCACACUGCCACAACAUGGUGGAGGCUCUGCUCCCGCUGCAGCUGCCCCCCCCUCUGCAGCCACAGCAGAUCCAACACACCCUGCCCCCAGACCCACUAUUAUAG